UUCUGGGAGGGAAAUGCACUUUAGCACACAGUGCCGCCCUCGGAGGAGUGGCUAAUGAUUAAAACUGCAGUGAAGGACACCUUAGCCCUCACAUCCAAGGUUUCAGGGCACUAAAGCUUCGUCCUGCUCAAAGCCCUCUCUGGCUUUCUUUCUUGUGGUGACGUUUUGUUGUUAACUUAUUUUCCAAUGGCUCGAGAAUUCAAACUCCUCUCUGUCCUUUGGCUGGUUGCAGCCUGUUUUGCCAUCUCAGGUGAUGCAGCCACAGAUUGGCUACGUGCACCAUCAGGUCAGGAUACUACAAAUAUAGCUAUGACAACAACAGCUGCUCCAAACACUAAAUCUACACCAUCAGGUCAGAAUACUACAUCUAUAGCUAUGACAACAACAGCUGCUCCAAACACUAAAUCUACACCAUCAGGUCAGAAUACUACAUCUAUAGCUAUGACAACAACAGCUGCUCCAAACACUAAAUCUACACCAUCAGGUCAGAAUACUACAUCUAUAGCUAUGACAACAACAGCUGCUCCAAACACUAAAUCUACACCAUCAGGUCAGAAUACUACAUCUAUAGCUGCUUCAACAACAACAGCAGCUCCAGCCACUAAAUCUACACCAUCAGGUCAGAAUACUACAUCUAUAGCUGCUUCAACAACAACAGCAGCUCCAAACACUAAAUCUACACCAUCAGGUCAGAAUACUACAUCUAUAGCUAUGACAACAACAGCUGCUCCAAACACUAAAUCUACACCAUCAGGUCAGAAUACUACAUCUAUAGCUAUGACAACAACAGCUGCUCCAAACACUAAAUCUACACCAUCAGGUCAGAAUACUACAUCUAUAGCUAUGACAACAACAGCUGCUCCAAACACUAAAUCUACACCAUCAGGUCAGAAUACUACAUCUAUAGCUAUGACAACAACAGCUGCUCCAAACACUAAAUCUACACCAUCAGGUCAGAAUACUACAUCUAUAGCUAUGACAACAACAGCUGCUCCAAACACUAAAUCUACACCAUCAGGUCAGAAUACUACAUCUAUAGCUGCUUCAACAACAACAGCAGCUCCAGCCACUAAAUCUACACCAUCAGGUCAGAAUACUACAUCUAUAGCUGCUUCAACAACAACAGCAGCUCCAGCCACUACAUCUGCACCAUCAGGUCAGAAUACUACAUCUAUAGCUGCUUCAACAGCAACAGCAGGUCCAAGCACUACAACCGCAGCUGCUACAACAACAACAACAGUUCUUCCAACCACAAAGCCAGACCCUUGUGCAGUCAACCCAUGUGGUGAUGGGAGCACCUGUGAGCCCCGUGCCAAUCAAACAUUUGCAUGCUUGUGUCUGGCUGGUGAUUUCUACAAUGAAGAAAGCAAACGUUGUGAGAUUGUCAAAGUUUUCCCUGGACAACUAGUUCUGCCAAAUUUAACAUACAAUAAAAAUAUGACUGACAAGACCUCACCAACAUUUCAAAAGGCCUCGCAAACAAUUAUUGUCCAGCUGUCAGAUGUUUUCGAGACACAUUCUGGUUACACUGGAUCUACAGUGCUGGAACUACAGCCCAUAAAAAGAAGCAAAGCAUGGUCAAGGUCAGAGAAUGGGGUUGAUGCAUCUGUAGAGAUCAUCUUCAAACCAAAUGCUAACAUCACAUCAGAGGCUGUUAAGAAAAUGUUUGAAAAUGCCACCGCAUGUUCGGACUGCCCACUGGAAGGUGUAACUUUCAAUGAGGGAAAGCUGUGUGAUAAGAAUGCCUGUGAUGUGAAAACUACAAACUGUGAAUCAAAAGAUGGAUCUUUUAAGUGUUCCUGUAAGGAAGACUACAUUAAGACGGACUUCAGUAGCAGAAUUUGCGUUGCUUGUCCCAGUGGCCAAAAAGCCGAAGGUUCCAUUUGUGUCAAUUGCCAAUUUGGUUAUUCUGGUUUGAACUGCAGUGAAUCGUGGCAGCUGGUGCUGGUAAUCGUUGGCUCUGUGCUCGGGGGGCUGCUGCUCAUCACACUCAUUCUUCUGCCUGUGGUGGCAAGCAUGUGCUCAAAGAAGAGCUCUAAGAAGAACAAAAAUGCAGACAUUGGGAAGUCUUAUGUCAGCAACUCUCCUGCCAAGGCCCCGUUGGUUAACCGCGGCUACGACAAUAACCAGGCAGCCUCACUUAAUGGGUCAGCCUACGCUAGUGCUGGGGUGCCUAGAAUCCCACGGGCCACAACCACCAGCUGGGACAGCAAGACCAACCUGGAGAUGACUCCGAGUAACAGCCGACAAAACCUGGUCCCUGCGGGGAGAAACUCGAGGCUUUAUGAAGAAACAGAUGACGUGAACCCAUAUGCUCAGGCUCGAACCCAGAGCAGCCUCUACGGUCAGAAUCGACCUCAGAUCAACCCGUAUGCUUCGAGUCAAGGCCAUACCAACCCUUACUACAUGCAUGGCAAUGGAAGACAGUUUGAUUAAUGAGGAACCAUGAAGGUUCAUCCUACAAUGACAUUUUCCCAGAUCAAAAACAUGUUUAAGUUUCAUUGGAAACCUUAGAAAUCUUUUUUUGCUCUAUUUUUACACCCAAAUAUAUGUACACUGUUAAUAUCACAUUAUGGUAAAAGUUAAACAGAAGCACAGUGGUUACAUAGGUCUUGUCAAAUUGCUGAAGAAAUGUGCACUAAUGAAUAUUACUCUAACGUAUGGCAGUUAUGUCUUUUCACCACACUGACAUAGAGUGAACUCUAUUCUGACAAAUUAUAAACUGUUAUGAAUCAUUCCUGUCUUUGAAUGAAUCAUCAUCUUUGUAAAGUUUUAUUGUCAGUGGUUUCUCAAUAAUUUUAUUGUCUAUCAAUUAAAAUAUGAACUUUAUAUUUAACAGAAAUAUUUUACAGAAAUUGAUACUCAGAUCAGGCUGAGACCCAGAAAUGAGGAGCAGCCUUGUAUCAUUCUCUUGUCUCACUCAUCAAUGAAUUUACGAAUAAUCCAUUUGUACAUUAAAUGUUUUAGGUUUAUGAUGAUGAGUCACAGGCUUAUGUUUAAGUUGGAGUUUUUCCUCCAAAUCAGGGCAUGUUGGUCUCUAUAUAUUUCAGGAUAAUUUGUGUAAAAUGUUUACUACAGUGAAAUUGUUUGAUGUUCUGUUUUGUAUAACUGAGAGAAUAUUUUGUUUAUUUUUAACCCCUUUCAUAUCUGAUUGAUACCAAGCUGUUAUUCAACAUGAAUAAAACAACAGCAUUUAAAAGUAUAUGACCUCUUAUUGUAUUGUAUCAGUUUUCAUUUGUCACAUAUAAUAUAAUA